UAAAAGCUAAACGUUAUAAUAUAGAUCUGAUUUGUCGAAGAAUGGCUUCAAAUGAAUCUUCUAAAUAUUUAAUAUCAAAUUCAAUUUAUAAAUCCUUUCUUACUGAUUUAGGAUUAGAAGAAGAAAAUUUAGGUGUUUUUGAUGGAAAAUGGUUUGCUAAUGGACAGGUAAUUGAUUCAAUAAGUCCUUCAACAAAUGAACCAAUUGCUCGUGUUCGUCAAGGUUCACUAGAAGAUUAUAAUAGAAUUGU